AUGACUGUAGGAGAAUACGAGCUCUUCAAGGAGGCCAAGAAGCGAGCGACCUCGGAAAAACAACAAACGACUGCCUCCCCACUAAAGAAGCUACCUGAAGUUUCUAAAGAACCUGCUCAUGCCUCUGAUCAAGGCUCUAAGCGAAAACAACCUCUAGACUUUCCUCCGGCCUUCUAUAGAGAGCCAGGUCGGGGGAGAGGGAAAUCUAUCAUUGCCCGCGAAGAGCACCGGUCAGAACCGGAAGAGAAAGUACCCUUCUCUUCCAAAAUCUUGGAGGAAAAGCUACCGAAGGGAUAUCGAUCCCCUGCUAUAGGGGAAUAUGAUGGCAGUAAAGACCCUGAAGACCACCUUCGCAAGUUCAGGAACGCAGUGCUGCUGCAUCAGUACAGUGACGCCAUUAAAUGUCGGGUCUUCCUAAACACCCUGUCGGGCUCUGCCCAGAAAUGGUUCGAUGGACCGUCACACGGAUCCAUCAUGUGUUUCUCUGACUUCAAGAUUGCAUUCCUGCGGCACUUCGCCAGCAGCAGGAAGUAUCAAAAGACUAAUCACUGCUUGUUUGCUCUUAAGCAAGGGUCUAUAGAGUCAUUGAGAAACUAUAUCAAGCGCUUCAAUCAAGGAGAGUUCUUUCAGGAGCUCAUUAGAAAUCCCGUAAAGAAUUUCGAUGAGAUGCUAGAGAAGGCGGCCAGCUACAUCAACGUAGAGAAAGUGCAGGCGACACGAAGGAAGGCGAACAAGUCACCUCCAGCUACUAAAAAACCGGAGAGAAGAGCACCUCAACCGCCUGCUCAACCUCUCCCACGUGCUCGGGAUGCUCGACCGACUUUCCAACCCGGGCAGGAUGCUCGACCGGUCCCACAUGUAGCUGCAGUUCAGGUCCCUCGACCUGGACCCUGGGGACCACGUUAUUGCACAUACCACCGGUCCCACACGCACGCCACCAACGACUGCUUCCAAUUUGCCCAUGAUUCUAGGCGCGCUGCGGAGCUGGGUUUACCACCCCCUGAGUUGGCUCCUCAGGUCCAGAGGAUGAUGGAAGAGCGGCGCAAUGCAGCGGGCCAAGCUAGCCAACCCCGGGCUGAACAAGAAGGGCCAAUCAUGCAACAACACGGGUGUACUGGAGAACCAAGAGAAGUCCGUGAAGCCAAAAAUCGGGGCAACGCGACCAUCAGAGAUAUAUGCAUAAUCUCUGGAGGUCCCACCGAUGGAGAUUCAGGCCGGGCGCGCAAGUCUCAUGAGCGCCGAUUGGAGAUCCAAGCUGUAGGGUGCAACCCGGAGCAAGCUAUUGGCCCAGUCAUCAGCUUUGGACCACAAGACCUGGAAGGACUGGAGCUGCCCCAUGAUGAUGCCCUCAUCAUCAAAGCUAUUAUAGCUAACAGCCGAGUGGCCAGAGUCUUCGUGGACACUGGCAGCUCUGUGAAUGUCCUGUUCAGGUCAGCUUUCGAAGAAAUGCAGAUUAACACUAGUGAACUCCAGCCGGUGGCUACUUCUCUACAUGGCUUUACUGGUAAUGAAGUAAGGCCCAUAGGUCAGAUCAAGCUGGCCAUAUCCUUGGGAAGCGAGCCAUUGGUCAGAACCAGGAGGAGCACCUUCCUCGUAGUUGACUCGCCCUCCUCUUACAAUGUCAUUCCGGGCCGACCGACCUUACAUGAAUUUUGGGCGGCGGUGCCCACGUUCCAUUAG